GUCCGACUGGAAAGUCUUUGAAAUUUACAGGAAUUUGUUCUUGAGUUCUUCGUGAAAUAGACUUUAAAACAAUCCGCUUGUCUGAGGUACUUAAGUAAUACAAAUAAAUUUGAGAUAUCCGUUCGGAACUCACUUGACCAACCUUCAGGAAUAUUUCAAUAGCGGGGGAAUAUGUAGUUGGUUCUUGUGGGAUAUUCCUUAAGUGCAUGUACCAUCAAUAUUGGUGGGCACGGCUGUCACUAAAUGACUUAUAAAAAGAUUAUUUCGUCCCGAUUCCUGCCUCAACGGAUAAAUCCCUCAAGUUGAUACAUAAAAAAUAUUAUUGUUUCCAUAACGCUCUUCCUGUCAGACGACAGUCAGUCACGUACACUGUUUCCAUUCACUCUUAACCGCUAAGAGAACAAUGUAUUAAGUGCCAUAAUAAGCUGCAAAGCCAAAAAAGGGACACUCGCAGAUAAGAGAAAGUUCGAAUUACCUCAUACAACGAGAGCGACAACGCGCAAGCGCUGUCAUGUAUACAGGAAACAUGCAACUGAAAAAGAGUGCAAUGUUUCAACAACAACAAAAAUGAUUAUGUUAAUGCCGUACAUCUUUCAGGGGAUCUAAAUUACUCAUCCAGGAGCUACAUUUCUUUGCGAGGUCUUUUUGUUGAGGGCAUGCUGCAGGAUUUUGUCGACUUAUUUGGUUGUUUGACUUUUUUUUCAAUUUGCAUUCUGACGGAAAUAAAUUUCUCGUCCGCUUUUGGGUUACAGCGCCUGUUUUACGAUUUCCAUGCCUGACGAGAAGUCCAUUCUAUGGAUGCCUGAGGCCGUACCCAAAGGGAGCACGUAACAUUAUUUCCGAGUCGAGGUAAAAAUCCGAGGAAAAGGCUAUGUGCCUGUGUGUUAGGGAGAAUCGUUAAACAGUUAGUUGCGUAUUACCUGUGCCCUGUAUCGGACAACUCUUUUCUCUCUAUUCAGCAUCACCCACCGCCACCUCCUCUGCUUAUAACAAACCCUCCAGUCUUUGAGACCCGGAUACACACAAAACAAAACACAUCAUAGAGUGGUUUAGUGAUACAGAAGAACUCGCAGUCUCGCUUUUUAAGAUUACAAUAUUCAUUCAUUCAAGCGUAGCGGCAGUUUCACGAUUUGACGCAUUUUCUUUUGAAACUCCAACUUAGGCUACGCCAUUGUCCGAGUGAAGUGUAUUCAUUAGUAAUUUAUCAUAAAGCUAGAAAUGACAAAGCUUUAUCGUGGACUGUUGUGCAGCACCAGACAGCUGGCUGAAUUUCAGUGAAUGUAACAGGAGCAAUAUUGCUGAGGAGACUCUGAAGACAUUAAGUGCUUUCCGAAGAAUAAAGUGUCAUAGCUAGUGACUUGUUUGUGAAUCAGUUCAAAUGUAGCAUCUUUUUUAGUGUGCUGUUUUGGUCUUCCGUUGCAAUUUGUAUGCAUAUGUUUUUACGUCCCCAUUGAUACAACUUAGACCGUUUAGGAGGCGGGCUUCUAAUCCUUCCUAUCAGGGUGAACAUUGGCUCAAAAUGAUACAACAUCCUAGCAGAAAGACCGAGAUACUCGACAAAAAGUGUUCCCUACUUGGGAAUCGAACCUGGGUCUCCUUCGUGGGAUAGUGAAGCGCCUAACCGCUACACACAGACUGCAGUCCGUAGCAAUUCGGUCAGACGGUAUUUUUAUAGAUAUCUACGCAGUGGAGUCCACUUAAACCGAAAUGUGCGAGACUGCUGGAAUUUUGUCUCUUUAAUUGGGUUUUCGGUUUUGGGAGAUUGCCCAACUAGAAAAAAAUGGGGACCUUAUUUCUUUCGAUAGACCGAUUUACUUUUUUUUCUUUGGAUUAGUCGUGUUCGAUCUAAGCGACUGGACUCCUUUGACAAAAAAUACCUGCGCGGGACACCCAACAUCUGCUAAAAAGAUUUCAAUCCGCAACAAGAAGAGAACGAUCCCAACAGGAGGUGCUGUCAAACAGUCAAACACCGUUAAAAGAAAAAAGUCAUUAUUGCUCGGCCAAAUCCUACGACUCCCGAACUCGAGAAUUUCCCAUCAGGCUGUGCGUUAAAGAAAAUGACGGGAAGGAUGACCGAAGAUGAAAAUGAAACUAGGGAAAGACCAUAAACGAUAAGACAAUAAAUGGAGUGAUGCACCCACCUAAGCUGCUGACAGAUCUUUCUGCUAAUCUCUGAUUAUCACAUGCGUCUCAAUAUGUGGGAGUCUCUAAAUCUAAGUAAAUCUGAAUGUUCUUUCCAAAGGCAGGGAGGGGAAUUCAGGAAUCAAAAUCCACCUUAAGCUCCAGUCCAACAUGACUUUCCAGCUCAUUGCCAGGGUUCUUUUCACAACUUUUGUAAGUUACAAUUCGAACCAUUUAGACAACAUGUAUCUUUUUAAGAAGAUAGCACAAAGCAAAAUAUCACACAGAAAAUUUGAUAAAGAAUAAAGAGCUAUUGAGAAGAAUGGGUGUAGCAAUACCAACACUCCUCCAGAACGUGAUGAAUCUGAAACUGAACUACUUUGAGCAUAUCAAACGCCAUAAUCCUCUCAAAAACAUACUGUGGAAGCAAAGGUAGGUGAUACGUGUGGAAGAUGGAGACCUAAAAGAAGAUUGGAACGAGAGGUAGAAACCUUGUUUUAAACCAAAAAACAACCGAGACUGGCAGAAUGGCUAGAGACUGAGUGUUUCCUUGCAGAAAGGCACGAGAAGCAACGUCCAACUACGUGUACUGACAGACAUAGUAUACUGUGAAAUAGUUGGGGGGGGGGGGCGGAGGUGCGAAAAACUUUACUAACAUCGGUUGGAGAACAACGCGGCUCUGCAUCUAAGAUUAUGAUGUUUGCUUUACAUGGAGCCUCUAAAAAAACAAUAAAGCAAAUUCUUUUUUUUAACAGAACGGUGUGACUAUAAUAUAAAGUAUUAUCGGUUAGGAUUCAAGUGACAAAUGGACGAACUAGAAAUCUAAUCAGGGAAUAAUUAACACAUCAAGCUAUCCGAUAAGGGGUCGGAGAAGUGGUGAGUGCCUGGUGGUUUCGUGAUACACGUAGAUCAUGUGAAACUACGAGGUUUGACUAAUAAAAUGCAUUGCAACAGACACAUCCCAGACAGAGUCAGUACAGAGUGGUUUGGUGAAACCCAACGCCAGGACCUAUUCACUUCGUAAUUCCUGCCCACGAGCUGAAAACGGUUGGAUAUUUUUCUUCACAGGAGAUCAGGAUAAUUACUAUGGAAUCCUUCAGUGGUCUCGCCUUCUCUUUGGUUGUCUUAUUGUGUCUGUUGAUGACCGCACAUGUAAGCGCUAUUAUGUCGUGCACCAAGAAGACUCUUUGCUCGUGUGAGUCAGAGAAUGGGAUCAUUGACCUGUCCUCGCUGUCCACGAAUCCACCGCGCAAAAUUCCAGAUCCUACAAGUUCGCAAACUUUCCUAUGGAAUCCAUGUGAUAACUUUGACUACCAGAGCUUAAACGGCGUUGGGGCAGUGCAGGAACAGUCAGCUUCAUAUAUUUAUGAAUUGGGAACUAACAGAGAUGACCUUGUGAAUGUCAAGGUUGCCACUGGACACGCAGUAUUCGUAAUGACAGCUACAGACGGACAAAGACAAGCUGAAGUGACUUGCAUAUGUGGCAGUGGAUCUGCUGUGUCGAUGGUUUUUACCCAAGAAAUUCCGGGCUAUCCGUCUAUUUAUGUAUGUAUGCUUUUGCCAAAAUGUAGUUUCAUUAGAGUUAUAUUUCUCUUUAAACGUACUGAUUCUGUUCAUAAUUCAUUAUGUAUCAUUAGUAGUGACCUCCUUGAAAUAUAAGCCUCUAAGGCAUCACUCCUGCUGUGACAUUGUUUUGAGGCAUUAUAAACAAAGUACUAGUUUUAAUAACUGUUCGAAGUAGCAUUUAUGUUUUAUGAAGGUAAAUACUGAACGUUCCAGGAGCUUUUCUGUACAUACCGAGUGAUACGGAGAAAUAACUUGUUUCUACUUUUUGAUGACCUUGAAAUAAUAUGGAUAAUCCAACUUUCAAUCCAUGAACACGAGAUUUCUCGAGUUUUCAGUUCUCCAACAACCCAGAUUUAUGAGCCACAGUAUGUUUUUUUACGCUCCCAUUGACAGAAUUUAGAAUUUAGGGGGUGGGCAUCCCGAAUCCUCACUACCCCCUGGGGUGGUACUACUGACUGAAGUGUCUUCAUGCCAUUUCCAAAGGGGGUACAUUAACAUUCUU